AUGGUGUCUACUCAAAUAGGAGAUUUGGAGGAUUUUUUUAGGGUGGUUGAGAAAUGCUUAUGUGGAACGUGUAUGAGCAUUCAUGCCAUGAGUCAGGAAUGUCAACAUCCUGAUGGUCUGGUUCGUGUUACUCGUGGGACAGGGGAGGCCAGAAUUCACAUUAUGGGUAUUAUUAAACCACCUACAAUAGACUUAGAUAACCUUAAAACAAAUCAGGAGCUUGUUUUUAAUGCAAGGUUUUUAGAGAGAGUCCUUUUUGCACCUAUCUUCACUGUGAAUAGUAUACCUCUUAGGAGCCAUCUUGCUUUCUUACAGACAUUGAAAUAUUCUCUUUAUAUGGGGUUUCAGAUCUAG